AUGCUCACUCGCGAUGAUAUUCCUCGCGGCUGCAUCAUUUACACAUGUGACACUGUCACUCUUCAUCCUUACCACUUCACCCAUUUCUCAGCUAUUGGACGUUGCGCUCCUCCGGAUCUUACUCGUCGCCAAAUUGAUUUAUCACCCCUAGCGUCUAGGCGAUAUCGUGAUGACUUUCGUUUGAUAUCUCCACCACAUUCCACUUCAACAAAGCAGUCUGGGUCUAGUUCUUCUGAGAAACAACUUCCAUCACGGGUCUCUGGACGGCAGACUUCUUUUGAGCUCAAACAGUAG